AUGGAGGCACAGUUUGAUGAUGAUACUUUCUAUGCUGAGAUUAGGAGGCAGAUUCUGCAAUUGACAUCUGAAGAUGAGGAAGAUUUAUUAGUAGUAAAACCUUUCAACCAAGCUAGCGUUGGUGGUUCAACAAGGCUAGCUUACAACAGAACAUCACCACAUGCAAACCACUUUUGCUCAUGGGAAACACAAAGCUCAAGUUCAGCUGAUUUGCCUGUGAACUUGUGGAAGAGUGGAAGAGGUACUGGGGUGUUCAUACCCCAAGUUGUGACUGGUAAAAAAUACCAGAGACCAGGAACAAUGAAUGGCAGAAAGCAAAUAUAUAAAGCAGUGGCAAAUAAGUAUUGA